ACCACAGCUGCCCCUACAACGAGCACAGAGGCUCCAACAACAACCACAGCUUCUCCCACUACAACCACAGCUGCCCCUACAACGAGCACAGAGGCUCCAACAACAACCACAGCUUCUCCCACUACAACCACAGCUGGCCCUACAACUACCACAGAGGCUCCAACAACAACAACAGCCACUUCUACAACGAACACAGAGGCUCCAACAACAACCACAGCUUCUCCCACUUCAACCACAGCUGGCCCUACAACUACCACAGAGGCUCCAACAACCACAACAGCCAUUCCUACAACUAGCACAGAGGCUCCAACAACAACAACAGCCACUCCUACAACUACCACAGAAGUUCCAACAACAACAACAGCUGCCCCAACAACUACGACAGACGCUCCAACAACAACCACAGCUUCUCCCACUACAUCCACAGCUGCCCCUACAACGAGCACAGAGGCUCCAACAACAACCACAGCUUCUCCCACUACAACCACAGCUGCCCCUACAACGACAACCACAGCUUCUCCCACUUCAACCACAGCUGGCCCUACAACUACCACAGAGGCUCCAACAACCACAACAGCCAUUCCUACAACUAGCACAGAGGCUCCAACAACAACAACAGCCACUCCUACAAUUACCACAGAAGUUCCAACAACAACAACAGCUGCCCCAACAACUACGACAGACGCUCCAACAACAACCACAGCUUCUCCCACUACAUCCACAGCUGCCCCUACAACGAGCACAGAGGCUCCAACAACAACCACAGCUUCUCCCACUACAACCACAGCUGCCCCUACAACGAGCACAGAGUCUCCAACAACAACCACAGCCUCUCCCACUACAACCACAGCUGCCCCUACAACGAGCACAGAGGCUCCAACAACAACCACAGCUUCUCCCACUACAACCAGAGCUGCCCCUACAACGAGCACAGAGGCUCCAACAACAACCACAGCUUCUCCCACUACAACCACAGCUGCCCCUACAACGAGCACAGAGGCUCCAACAACAACCACAGCUUCUCCCACUACAACCACAGCUGCCCCUACAACGAGCACAGAGGCUCCAACAACAACCACAGCUUCUCCCACUACAACCACAGCUGGCCCUACAACUACCACAGAGGCUCCAACAACAACAACAGCCACUCCGAACACAGAGGCUCCAACAACAACCACAGCUUCUCCCACUUCAACCACAGCUGGCCCUACAACUACCACAGAGGCUCCAACAACCACAACAGCCAUUCCUACAACUAGCACAGAGGCUCCAACAACAACAACAGCUUCUCCCACUACAACCACAGCUGCCCCUACAACGAGCACAGAGGCUCCAACAACAACCACAGCUUCUCCCACUACAACCACAGCUGCCCCUACAACGAGCACAGAGGCUCCAACAACAACCACAGCUUCUCCCACUACAACCACAGCUGGCCCUACAACUACCACAGAGGCUCCAACAACAACAACAGCCACUCCUACAACGAACACAGAGGCUCCAACAACAACCACAGCUUCUCCCACUUCAACCACAGCUGGCCCUACAACUACCACAGAGGCUCCAACAACCACAACAGCCAUUCCUACAACUAGCACAGAGGCUCCAACAACAACAACAACAGCCACUCCUACAACUACCACAGAAGUUCCAACAACAAAAACAGCUGCCCCAAAAACUACGACAGACGCUCCAACAACAACCACAGCUUCUCCCACUUCAACCACAGCUGACCCUACAAGUACCACAGAGGCUCCAACAACCACAACAGCCAUUCCUACAACUAGCACAGAGGCUCCAACAACAACAACAGCCACUCCUACAACUACCACAGAAGUUCCAACAACAACAACAGCUUCCCCAACAACUACGACAGACGCUCCAACAACAACCACAGCUUCUCCCACUACAACCACAGCUGCCCCUACAACGAGCACAGAGGCUCCAACAACAACCACAGCUUCUCCCACUACAACCACAGCUGCCCCUACAACG